GACACGGCCAGAGCACUGAGAGAUAUCAGGUAUUGAUGUAACUGGAGUGAAUAAGGGAACCUUCUUCCUGAGCACAGACAUUGGAACCUGUUAUCAGCAUGAACUCAUAUGUGUUAGACAAACACAUGAAUAGUUCAUUUCCAUCCUUUACUCCAGGAAGCCUCAGAAUGAUACCACAAACUCCAAUAGUCUCAGACACCAAUGGCUAUUCACAAACAUUGGGGAUAGCACAGCAGAUAUUUAAAGAAGAUGGUGAAUUGGCAGGAACUUCGAAGCAAUCAUUAUGUACAGAGAGUAAUUUAGUCAUCAAACAAGAGGACAACAUUUAUGACUUAUCUAGUGGAAUUAUUAUUUCAGAGGAUAAACCACACACAUUUACUGAGUUUUCAAAACAUAUUAAAGAAGGGAAAAGUCUACAGUCUAGCCAAAUGAUUCAUACAAAGGAGAAACCUUUCAAAUCUACAGAAAGUGAGAAAAGCUUUAGAUGGAAGUCUAAUUUACUAGAACACCACAAAAUUCACACAGGUGAGAAACCAUACACAUGUACUGAGUGCGGCAAAUGUUUUACACAAAUGGAUCAUCUGAAAACUCAUAAAAAGAUUCACUCAGGAGAAAAGCCUUUCACAUGUACAGAGUGUGGAAAAAGUUUUACACGAAUGUAUUGUCUGAAAACUCAUGAAAGGACUCACUCAGGAGAAAAGCCUUUCACAUGUACAGAAUGUGGAAAAAGUUUUGCAGAAAAGAGUUAUCUGAAAACUCAUGAAAGGAUUCACACAGGAGAAAAGCCUUUCACAUGUACAGAGUGUGGAAAAAGUUUUGCAGAAAAGAGUUAUCUGAAAACUCAUGAAAGGAUUCACACAGGAGAAAAGCCUUUCACAUGUACAGAGUGUGGAAAAAGUUUUACAGAAAAGAGUCAUCUGAAACGUCAUGAAAGGAUUCACACAGGAGAAAAACCUUUCCCAUGUACAGAGUGUGGAACAUGUUUUACAGAAAAGAGGCAUCUGAAAAAGCAUGAAAAGAUUCACACAGGAGAAAAGCCUUUCACAUGUAUAGAGUGUGGAAAAAGUUUUACAGUAAAGAGUAGUCUGAAAACUCAUGAAAGGAUUCACACAGGGGAAAAGCCUUUCACAUGUACAGAGUGUGGAAAAUGUUUUACAGUAAAGAGUAGUCUGAAAACUCAUGAAAGGAGUCACACAGGGGAAAAGCCUUUCACAUGUACAGAGUGUGGAAAAAGUUUUGCAGAAAAGUUUAAUCUGAAAAAGCAUGAAAAGAUUCACACAGGGGAAAAGCCUUUCACAUGUACAGAGUGUGGAAAAAGUUUUACAGAAAAGAGUAGUCUGGAAACUCAUGAAAGGAGUCACACAGGAGAAAAGCCUUUCACAUGUACAGAGUGUGGAAAAAGUUUUACAGAAAGGAGUCAUCUGAAACGUCAUGAAAGGAUUCACACAGGGGAAAAGCCUUUCACAUGUACAGAGUGUGGGAAAAGUUUUACAGAAAAGGGUCAUCUGAAAAGUCAUGAAAGGAUUCACACAGGGGAAAAUCCUUUCACAUGUACAGAGUGUGGAAAAAGUUUUACAGAAAAGUUUAAUCUGAAAAAGCAUGAAAAGAUUCACACAGGAGAAAAGCCUUUCACAUGUACAGAGAGUGGAAAAAGUUUUACAGAAAAGAGUAGUCUGGAAACUCAUGAAAGGAGUCACACAGGAGAAAAGCCUUUCACAUGUACAGAGUGUGGAAAAAGUUUUACAGAAAGGAGUCAUCUGAAACGUCAUGAAUUGAUUCACACAGGAGAAAAACCUUUCCCAUGUACAGAGUGUGGAACAUGUUUUACAGAAAAGAGUCAUCUGAAAAGUCACAAAAGGAUUCACACAGGAGACAAGCCUUUCACAUGUACAGAGUGUGGAAAAUGUUUUACAUGCGGAAAAAGUUUUACACGAAUGUAUUGUCUGAAAACUCAUGAAAGGACUCACUCAGGAGAAAAGCCUUUCACAUGUACAGAGUGUGGAAAAUGUUUUACAGUAAAGAGUAAUCUGAAAACUCAUGAAAGGAUUCACACAGGAGAAAAGCCUUUCACAUGUACAGAGUGUGGAAAAAGUUUUAAAGAAAAUAGUAGUCUGGAAACUCAUGAAAGGAUUCACACAGGAGAAAAGCCUUUCACAUGUACAGAGUGUGGAAAAAGUUUUACACAUAUGAGUAAUCUGAAAAACCAUGAAAGGAUUCACAAGGGAAGAAACCUUUCAAAUGUUUAGAAAGUGGAAAAAAGGUUUUUAUUGAAAUCAAUUAUUAUAAAACACCAAAUAUAUA